AUGCGUCCCCUUCAUCUUUUCGUGUGCGGGUGUGCGUCUUUCUCACCUCUCCUACUGCCUCCUCCUCCUCUACCGAGGCCGAGAGAAUACGUAGGGCGAGUGAAGGAUGGUGAGGCUAAGGGAGAGAGCAGCGGAGAGGCAUCCGCAUUCCUUUCUCGUGUACGAGUGGUGACGCGCACACGCCGAGCUGCGAUCGAGUUGGUGUUGCCGCCUCACCCUUCCCCCCUUGUCUUUCAGAACCUUGAAAAUAAGAGAUGAAAUACUGCGUCUAACCGAGGCUCUUCUCCUUCUUUACAUGUAGGCCCCUGAGGACGAGCGACCGCACCGCAGCAUUUGAUCAUAGACUGCGAGGAGAAAAAAGACCCCCCCCCCUCUCAAUAGUUUUGUUGCCUCAACGUAGACAGCGGUAAAGGCGAAAAUGUUGAGGGCUGAGCCAUCAACUACUCUCCACUGUGGUCACCCGCCCUCUGCAGCAUCGGGCGAGCACGCCCACUGGUGGAGAGAAACCACAUUGAUGAGAACACGCCGGUAGCCACGCUGGCAGUCGAGGUGCUAAAGCAGAACGUCCCACUUGGCCUUGCAGUGGUAGCACAAAACCCCAUCAACGUGGUGCUGGCGAUCAUUGUGGGUAAUACGAUCGGAAGCGUGAUGUUUGGCUCGACGAUCCUUGCGGGGGAAGCCUGAUGAAGGCGACCACCCCCGCUCCCUCGGCGAGUCUCUGCAGCGCGCUGGAGACGAUUCUGUCCUGCUGCUAUGGCCGUGAUCAGACCAGUAAACUUUUCGAGGUUUAUGCGCAGCGCAUGGUGCACAUACCCCCUCACCGUUGUCGCCCUUGUCGACCCUGUGUUGGAGUUUUCAGACUCACUGCUGAUCUCCAGUCGGCAAAACGCGCAGGUGACGCACUUCACGGGCCAGUGUUGACGCGUCUCCCUCUUCGAUGUCUACUCGACCACGCUACUGGGGAUGAUGCGGCGCUACUUAGCUGGCGAGUACCUAAGCAUGCAGCUCUCAGUCGACCUUAUCGUUGGCGCUGGUUCUUUGCCGUUUGUACUAUGGAUGUGCAUCAAUGUACUGAGGUUCUCCGGCGCGGCGGUGACGUGGUUACUCCUCAUGGCUUGGACGCCAGUCUCCUUCUUCAUCUACUUCUUCCUGGCGGGUAAGUACAAGACCUGGGGUGGGUGGGUGGGAACAUGGCGCUGAUGAACUGGGGCCCGCUGCUGAAGCUUGCCUUUCCCUCCAUGGCGAUGAUCUUGAGCGAGUGGACGGCACUGGAAGUCAAUCGCAUCAUAGCUGGCUAUGCUUUGAUCGACGAGCUCGACAUCUUUAGCAUACUCUACCAGCUCUCUGGUGUCUUGUGGGGCAUGGCCUCUGGUGUCUUCGUCGAGGCAGCGGAGCUCGUCGGCAACGCGCUUGGCCAAAGGAAACCGCAAUUUGGGCGGCAGUGCGUGCUGAUGUGUCUUGGUCUCAAAGUGACGUUUGUGAUAGUGAACCUUUCUGUGACGCUGUUGCUGCAGAGCUUCAUCUUGACUCUUUUCACCGGCAACACGGAAGGGCGAACGCUGUUCCGCAAGAUGCUCAGUCUCUACGCGCGUUACCACAUCUUCGACUGCAAUCAGAGCUGCAUGA